UCCAGUUGGCAUGUUUCAACAGAACUAAAUGGGUAUAUUUGAACGGAUAAACCGGACUGUAUUCUGGCGAUGACUUCAAUGUCAAUAUUACCAUGCUGACCAAGUUUAUUUACCACGAACUACAGUCAGCUACACAUGAUCCACCUCAAUAGUUUUUGUCGCUGUUAUAUUGGCUACAAAAGCAAAUAGCUCCAUUGCAUAGUCCUGUUAAAGACCCGGAAGUUAUGCCUCCUACCAAGGGGGGUUUCCAUGGAAAUUGUCAACACUAAAAGUUGUCUUUACGAACAGAGGUUGGCAACUAAGUAUAUUGGCUAACUAACUGUAAUUAUAACAUGGAAACAAUGGACGUGGAUGAAUUGUUAACUGAAUGUCAGUCUAAAGGAUCUGACUGGUUAAAUAUUAGUAAUAGAGAACUGGUUUUACUGCCUGUUGCCGUGUCAAAAUUAACACAUCUGAAAAGACUGCUUCUAAACGAUAAUCACCUCCUAUUGCCACCAAGCGAGAUUCUCCAUCUAGAGAAGCUUGAGGAACUGGUGCUGGAUGGCAACCAGUUGACUGUGCUUCCCAGUACUAUUGGAUCCUUGAAACAUCUAAUAUUUCUGGGUGUGAACCGAAACCCCCUAACUUUCCUGCCGGAGGCUGUGGGAGACCUCGCUGAGCUGAGGGAACUCUGGGCCACUGCUUGUGGCCUCGUCUCUCUGCCCAGCUCCAUUGGCAAACUCGGACAGCUCAGGAAACUUGGUGUACACGACAACAGCAUUACAGCCGUUCCCUCUGAACUUGGACUCCUUUGCAAGCUUCAGUGGUUAAACCUCGCAGGCAAUGAUCUGCAAGACCUCCCAGAGGCCAUAAAUCAGCUGGAGGCAUUGGUUUUCUUGAAUUUGGACAGGAAUUACUUUCAGCAUGUGCCAAGACCAUUAUCAGACAUGGCCAGUCUUCAUGUGCUGUCUAUGAAGUCCAACCAAAUCACGUCUCUGGCAGAUGACAUGAUCCUUGGAUUUAGUAGGAUGACAAAACUUGACCUCAGAGAAAACCCAUUUAGAGACAGGCCAGAACACUGGAAGGGUUUGGAUUUCAUUUUGCUGGGGGAUGUGAAAGAAGUAGAAGUCACAGAUACUUUGCCUUCAUAAAACUGUUUCAUAAACGGCACAAUCUAAGUUAUAUAAUCCAAGCACCUACGUUCUAUAACUAUGAGACUGAAAGAUGUAAAAUGUACAACUGUAAUAAGGUCUAAUUGGUCUGGUAUUCUGGUGAAACAAGCUUUUGAUGACUGUAAGCCCAUUAUGUGCAUCAUGUUUAGAGAAGGAACAUCUUGCAAAUUAAAUAAAAAGCUUUACAAGCCAUGUCAAAACA